AUGAGCGGUGGCGCGCCUUCGGGCGGCGGCCCUGGGGGCUCGGGCCGGGCGCGGACCAGCUCGUUCGCGGAGCCAGGCGGCGGAGGCGGCGGCGGCGGCGGCGGCCCGGGGGGUUCGGCCUCUGGCCCAGGCGGCAGCGGCGGCGGGAAGACGUCAGUCGGAGCCAUGGGCGGGGGCGUGGGGGCCUCGAGCUCCGGGGGUGGCCCCAGCGGCAGCGGCGGAGGAGGCAGCGGCGGCCCCGGCGCGGGCACCAGCUUCCCGCCGCCCGGAGUGAAGCUGGGCCGUGACAGUGGGAAGGUGACCACAGUGGUAGCCACUCUAGGCCAAGGCCCGGAGCGCUCCCAGGAGGUGGCUUACACAGACAUCAAAGUGAUUGGCAGUGGCUCAUUUGGGGUCGUGUACCAGGCACGGCUGGCAGACACCAGGGAAUUGGUGGCCAUCAAGAAGGUUCUCCAGGACAAGAGGUUCAAGAACCGAGAGCUGCAGAUUAUGCGUAAGCUGGACCACUGCAAUAUCGUGAGGCUGAGAUACUUUUUCUACUCCAGUGGGGAGAAGAAAGACGAGCUUUACCUAAACCUGGUGCUGGAAUACGUGCCCGAGACAGUGUACCGGGUGGCCCGCCAUUUUACCAAGGCCAAGUUGAACAUCCCUAUCAUCUAUGUCAAGGUGUACAUGUACCAGCUCUUCCGGAGCUUGGCCUACAUCCACUCCCAGGGCGUGUGUCACCGCGACAUCAAGCCCCAGAACCUGCUGGUGGAUCCCGACACUGCUGUCCUCAAGCUCUGCGAUUUUGGCAGUGCAAAACAGUUGGUCCGCGGGGAGCCCAAUGUCUCCUACAUCUGUUCUCGCUACUACCGGGCCCCAGAGCUGAUCUUCGGAGCCACCGAUUACACCUCAUCCAUCGAUGUGUGGUCGGCUGGCUGUGUACUGGCUGAGCUCCUCUUGGGCCAGCCCAUCUUCCCUGGGGACAGUGGGGUGGACCAGCUGGUGGAGAUCAUCAAGGUGCUGGGAACACCAAGCCGGGAACAGAUUCGCGAGAUGAACCCCAACUACACGGAGUUCAAGUUCCCCCAGAUUAAAGCUCACCCCUGGACAAAGGUGUUCAAAUCGCGGACGCCACCCGAGGCCAUCGCGCUCUGCUCCAGCCUGCUGGAGUACACCCCCUCCUCGAGGCUCUCGCCGCUGGAAGCCUGCGCGCACAGCUUCUUCGAUGAACUGCGAUGUCCUGGAACCCAGCUCCCCAACAACCGCCCGCUCCCCCCCCUCUUCAAUUUCAGUCCUGGUGAACUCACCAUCCAACCAUCUCUCAAUGCCAUCCUCAUCCCUCCUCACUUGAGGUCCCCGGCGGGCACUGCCUCCCUCACCCCAUCCUCACAAGCUUUAAGUGAGGCUCAGACCAGCUCGGACUGGCAGUCGACCGAUACCACAGCCACCCUCACUAACUCUUCCUGAGGGCGCCACCGACUACCCUUCCAUCUGGGAGCCCUGUGUGGGGCUGGGAAGGGGGGCCAUAGCCCACCAAGCUCCUGCCCUGACUGGGCCCCUAGACCAGAGGGCAGAGGUAAACAAGUCCCCACCCCCCCCUCCAGUCCCUCCCUCACCAGCCUCACCCCUGCGGUGGGCUUUUUAAGAGGAUUUUAACUGGUUGUGGGGAGGGAAGAGAAGGAAAGACAAGGGAUGGGGGGCAUGAGGACCUUCCACCCCCUCAGCCUCCCACCCUCCCCCGAGGUCUCCACCUCCUCCAACUCCCUCCCCUACUGUGUCCCUUGUAAAUAGAACCAGACCAGCCCCUCUCCUCCUCUUCCCCCCCUCGCCCCCGGGUGUAAAUAGAUUGUUAUAAUUUUUUUCUUAAAGAAAAUGUCGAUUCGCACCGUCCAACCUGGCCCCUUCCCCUCCUACAGCUGUGUCCCUGCUCCUGUCCUCUGCCCCUAAGGCCUCCUCCCUCCUCUCCCGACCCUGGAGGGCAGGGGCAGUGGGGGAGCUCCUGAUGUCUUAGUUUUCACAGUAAGGUUUGCCUGUGUACAGACCUCCGUUCAAUAAAUUAUUGGCAUGAAA